UUUUUCCAACCCCUUUCCAUCAUUUCCUCCUUCCUCUCCUCUUUGCUGCAAUCACAUAAAUAUAAGAUCACCCACCAAGUCUAUAGGCUAUACAAGUAUUAUAUGUCCCCCAAACACGGUGCACUGAUUUUUGUCAAUUUGCUAUGCUUUCAUCCAUCAUGGCCCAAGAAACCUGUUCUUCUUCUUCAUCCCCAUCCUCAUCCUCAUCCAACCAAACAUGGAGUUACGAUGUCUUUGUUAGUUUCCGUGGCAAAGAUACCCGCUACAAGUUUACCGAUCACCUCUUUGCUGCGUUGGACCGGAGCGGGAUUCACAGCUUUGACGAUAACAGAAAGCUUGAGAGAGGGAAAGAUAUCUGGACCGAGCUUGAGAAGGCAAUUCAGAAGUCCAGGAUUGCCGUUAUAGUGUUCUCAGAAAACUACGCUGAUUCGGAAUGGUGUCUCAGAGAGCUGGCGAAGAUAAUGGAAUGCAAACAAAACUUGCAACAAAUUGUGCUGCCCGUUUUCUACGAGGUUAGUCCUUCCCACAUUCAAAGUCAAAAGGGGAGUUUGGAAAAAGCGUUUGUCAGUCAUGAGGGGUGUUUUGAGGUAGACGAGGUGAAGAGGUGGAGAGAUGCUUUGACUGAGGCUGCAAACUUGUCCGGGUGGGACUCGAAAGAUGAUGAAAAUCGUUUUGAGUCAAAAUUUAUACGGAAAAUUAUUGAAGACAUUUCCGGCAAACUAAAUGAGUUCGCACACCUUACGGUUGCAUCCCACCCAGUUGGAAUUGAGUCUCGAAUGCAGGAACUCAAUAAGUUAUUAAACAAACAUUCCAGUGAUGUUUGUAUGGUUGGGAUUUGGAGGAUUGGCGGCAUUGGUAAAACAACAACUGCCAAAGCUAUCUAUAACCAACUACAAAGAAGGUUCGAAUCAAGUUACUUUCUUGAAAAUGUAGGAGAAAUUGCUAAGCAAUCACAAGGUUUGAUUUAUUUACAGAACCAGAUUCUCUCCAGCGUCCAUGUAAAUGACAAUAGUAAAGUGGAAGUUGUUGAUAAAGGAACUACCGUAAUAAAAAAUAGAGCAUGGUGUAAAAGGGUUCUUGUUGUUCUUGAUGAUGUGGAUCACUAGGACCAAUGAGAUAAACUGGCUAUUAUGCGUGGUCAUUUUCAACCAGGUAGUAUAAUUAUCAUUACAACAAGAGAUAAGUCUAUACUCAAAUUGGAUGAGAUUAAUGAAAUAUAUACGCCACUAGCACUGGAUUACCAUGAGUCAAUUCAGCUCUUGAGUUGGCAUGCAUUUGGGAAAGACGAACCUAAGGAAAAUUAUGUAGAGUUAUCAAAGGAAGUAAUAUAUUAUGCUAGGGGGCUUCCACUGACACUCAAAGUUUUAGGUUCUUUUUUGUCCGACAUGAGCACAACUGAAUGGAAAGAUGCAUUGAA